UCGCGGCCGUCUCGAAUUUAGUCUUCAUCGAGCGUUCGUGCGUGCGGGAAACAGUUUCAGUCGCGGUUUCAGAGAUCGCGCGUUCGCGAUUGUGCCAUCACCCUGUAUAUAUCAACGAUUCCAAAUCAAUUUUCCAGCUUGGAAGAUGUGUGAUUAAGGUGCAGUCGCGCCCCCACGCACGAACAAUGAUUCUCCCGCUUUUCUCCUUCGCCAGCGACUUCAGGAACGGUCUGUUAAUUUCGCGCGUUUCGAAUAGAUAAUAAUCGGGGGGUUGGAGAAAAAAUUCGCGAUGUGCGCCAAGGUGAAACAUCGCUGUACCACAGCACUGAUCGGCGUGUGCAUCCUGGCAUUGGGGGCCCUCAUCGCCACCGUUUGGAUCAUGCUGGGCCAGGGGGCCUUCAAGCACAAACAAGAGAAAAUCGCCACGAGCGUCAAGCAGAAAGAGUACAUCGAAAAGACGCACUUGGACGACUUCGACAGCGAGGUCGAGUUCGUCAAGCCCCUGAAAAUCGGUCCUUUGCCCCUGCACACCCAUGACAUAAUCUUCGACCAAAUGCGCAACAAUUAUGACAAGCCGCCAUUGCGCCACCACAGCGGCCAUUUUCGGCACAAGGAGGCCGAAGUUUGGGAUCCACACCCCAGAUACGUGAUCAAUGCUUUCGGCCGAAAGCUUUUCCUAGAGUUGGAGCACAACGACCAAAUUUUAUCAACAGAUUUACACGUGACCCAUGUUGGGGAUGACUACACCCAUCGGAAGAAACAAGACAGUGGUAUUUAUGGGUGUUUCUAUACCGGAAAAAUCAAAGACGAUUUGGAUUCGGCCGUUUCAGUGUCGCUCUGUAAUGGAAUGACCGGCUACAUCCGCACUUCGCACGACAAUUACUACAUCGAGCCGGCGGAGAAAUCCUCCGGGGAAUACCCGUUGGGCAGCUUCCUCCACCGGAUCAAAAAAAUCCACAAUAGUCCACCGACCGGAAACGAAGUCGUCAACGAAUCGGACCAAUGCGAAACCAACGACAAUGAGAGCAUCGUGGAGGACGACUUCGGCUCGUCGGUCGUCGCCAUCCCCUCCCACAGCGUGACGAAACGCGCCAUCGUCGACGACAUCGGUGAUUCCCCUACAAUUUCGCGCAAAAUCCGCGACGCCGAUUGGCCCGUCAACUACGAAACCGACCAAAAAACCAACGAAUACUUCGUCAAAGUCCUCGUCGUCGCCGAUCGCAGCAUGAUACAGUACCACCAAUCUAACGAAGAUCUAAAACACUACAUCCUAGUUCUAAUGUCACACGCGGCCCUUCUAUACAAAGAUGCUAGUAUAGGAAACUCGAUUUCGCUAUCGGUGGUCAGCAUCUGGAUGUUGAACAAUACUGUUUUCACCAGCAAUAACUCGCAAGUUAUGUUGCGCAGGUUUUGCGAGUGGCAGAAACGGUACGUUACCGACCGGAAACACGACAUGGCGUUGCUGUUUACGAGGGACCCCAUUUGCAAGAAAAACUCGUCGAGUUGCGACACUUUGGGCGUUGCUGAAGUGGGUUCUAUGUGCAACCCCUCGUCGAGCUGCGCCAUCGUCAAAGAGCGCGGUUUGUCCUCCUCGUACACCAUAGCCCACGAAUUGGGCCACGUCCUCAGUAUGCUCCACGACGAGACCGAAAGCUGCUCCCACUUCAGUCGCGGUCCCAAAUCGGAGAACAUCAUGUCCCGGAUCCUCAACAACGGGACAAAACCCUGGUUAUGGUCCGAAUGCUCCAAACACUUCCUCACCGAGUUCCUCGAAUCCAACAAAGCCAAAUGUCUACUCAACGCACCCACGAGUAAUUAUAUCUCAUCGGAAAUCUCCGAUUUGCUACCAGGGGAGAAUUUCGAAGCUGACAAACAAUGUGAACUCGAAUUCGGGGUUGGUUAUAAAUUGUGUUCGUAUCAAGCCACUUGUGCCGUCUUGUGGUGCACUUCCAAUGACAUUUAUGGGUGCAAAUCCAAUUUGUUACCAUGGGCAGAUGGGACGUCGUGUGGCAGGGGCAGAUGGUGCCACCAUGGGCAAUGUAUACCUCUAGAUAGGCAAAAAUUGACACCGGUACCGGGAGGCUGGGGGCCUUGGCAACCAUGGAGCGACUGCAGCCGCACGUGCGGAGGCGGCGUGAAGCAAACUCGCCGUUACUGCGACUCGCCGGUGCCCCAAAAUGGGGGUCAAUACUGUACGGGUAAAAGUAUCCAAUACGUUUCCUGCAAUACCCAAUCCUGCGACGAUGACGUUCCUGAUUUUCGUGAAGUUCAAUGCUCACAAUUCGAUGGUAUUAAUAAAAAUUUGGCGAAUUUGACCAAAGAUGUGAAAUGGGUGCCCAAAUAUGGGCUUUCGAAAAGGGAAGAUUUGUGCAAGUUGUUCUGCCGACCGCAAAAUUCCAACGCUUAUUAUCCUUUGAAGGAUAAAGUGAUCGAUGGGACGAAAUGCGGAUUGAAUUCGUUCGAUAUUUGUGUUAAUGGGAUUUGCAGGCCGGGAGGGUGCGACAAUAAGCUGAAUUCGAAGAUGGAUCUGGACGAAUGCGGCGUUUGCGGCGGCGACAACAGCAAAUGCGAGGAGAUCACCGGCAACUACAACGUCUCCAUGACCGGCUAUAACAUCGUUCUACGUCUCCCAAAGGGCAGUUCUAACAUUGAUAUUCGUCAAAAUGCAAACAACGAUACUAAUUAUCUAGUCCUAGUAGAUGGCGAAACAGGGGAGUACGUCCUCAAUAGCAAAACCAUGAUCGCCCCGCAACAGAAAGACGUGAUUUUUGCCGGCAUCAUCAUCAGCUAUAGUGGCUCUUCAGCGGCCAUUGAACGAAUAACAACACCCAAAAACCACAAGCUCACCAAAGAUUUAGUACUUGGAGUACUUUCAGUCGGUCACGCUCUAGCACCUGAUAUCACCUAUAGAUAUAUCAUAGAUCGUGAAAGUGCCCCAAAGUUGAAUUAUAUUCAAAAUUUCUACCGGCAAAUUAUCCCAAGAUAUGGUUGGAGACUCUAUCGCAACAAAUGGUCCAAAUGCAACUCCAUAUGUAGCGGGACUCAAUACAUGUCCCCGAUUUGUGUCGAAUUAGCCACAAACACGGAACAACCAGAUUCCUUCUGUCCCCAACAUGAAAAACAACACCACAUGCAAAAACAAGACUGUAAUGUACACUGCCAAUUGCAAUGGAGUGAUGUAUCACGUGGGCCAUGCUCGGUUAAUUGUGGACAAGGGGUCCGAAGUGUUUACCAUCAAUGUGUCACAAUCGACAUGACCAAAGAAAACUACGAUAGAUACCAUGAAGUUGUAGACCAUAAACAUUGCAAUAUUUUGGGUAAACCGCCCAGUAUGGAGGUGUGCCAAGGGAGGUGCGAAUCAACCCGAUGGGAGUACACCAGUUGGUCCGAGUGUUCCUCUUCGUGUGGUGGUGGUACCCAACGCCGCAGUGCCAAAUGCGUGGACAACAACAGCCGUACCAUUGACGACUCCUAUUGCACCAGUGAGAAAAUCACCGACCAACAUUGCAACACCCAGAAAUGUCCCAUCUGGGAGUCGCGCGAAUGGACCCCUUGUUCUGUCACUUGCGGUCGCGGCUUCCGUACCAAACCGUAUUUCUGCCACGUCGAUGGUAAAAUCCUCGACCCAUCGGCUUGCGACUCACGUCAAAAACACAUCGAGAAGGAACCAUGUUACGAACGACCGUGCGCUGGAUGGUCCAUAGGCCCAUGGGGCGAAUGUUCGACCACUUGUGGUGAUGGUACCAGCACUAGACAAGUCAUUUGCCAGAAUUUGGAGGAUAAUCAACCCAUUCAAGACUCCUUCUGUUCGGGAAUCCUCAAACCAAAUGAAACAAAAUUUUGCAAGAUGGCCGAUUGUGUUCAGUCGUUGCCGUACCAGAGACGGUACGAUUACGGUAACGAUAUUUUGGCCAAUACGAUUGUGAGUUAUGAAAGGGGGUUCAAGUGGGUGACGGGGGCGUGGAGUCAGUGCUCGAAAAGUUGUGGAACGGGGGUUAGUUCGCGGAUGGUGGUUUGUAGAAAUGAGUUGGGGGAGGAGGAUGAGAGGUAUUGUGCCAAAACUGUGAUCCCGGUUAACACCAUCGAAUGCAAUACGGCCAAAUGUCCUUAUUGGGAGUUUGGAGGGUGGAGUGGAUGUGACUUUAAUUGCGAAAAACGUAGACAAGUUACUUGCCGCGCCUCCACCGGGAGCUUCGUCGAAGACACCCAAUGCGACAAGCGCACCAAACCAUCCCCCACCGCCAAAUGCAAGCUCUCCCAAUGCCCCCACCUCGUCCCCAACCACCGUAGUUACCGCUGGUCUGUCGGUAAAUGGAGACGUUGCUCCACGACAUGUGGCGAAGGCCAAAAACACCGCACCGUCGAAUGCAAAGACACCAAAACACAAACCACUCUCGUCGACCAAUUCUGCGACAACCAACCCAAACCGAAAACCACCACCAAAUGCGAGAAAUACAUGUGCGACUAUGCGUGGAUCACCACUCCAUGGACCCAAUGUUCGGCCUUCUGUGGACAUGGGGUGCAGAGGAGAAACGUCAGUUGUCAUAGAGUCUACGGCAGGGGGGCUGUCGACCCCAAACCUCUGAUCUUCAACAAAGCGAAACCGAACGAUUUUUGCAACUUGUAUGAGAAGCCGUUGGAGGAGAUGAGCUGCAACGGGGGGCACUGCAAGGAGGUCUACGUGUGGAGGAGCGAUCCAUGGAAAGAGUGUUCGUAUUCCUGUGGUAAAAAGGGCCGCCGUAUCCGCCAGAUCUACUGCAUGAAUGUCAAAACGGGUCAAAAGGUUGAGAAACGUCACUGCCCCCGAAACUCCAGACCCAAACGUCGUCUCAAAUGCAACCAAUGGAGAUGUUUAUUCAAGAGUUGUAAAGAGAUUCAAACCCAUACCAAAACAAGAGAAAACAAAGACUACUUGAUUACUAUUCGAAAUCGCCCAGCUUGGGUCUACUGCUACAAAAUGGACACGAAUCAACCUGAGGAGUAUAUAACCUUGCACGGUGAUAGUCUCAAUUACGCCGAGAAUUACGAUAAACGAUUAAAAAAUCCGCAUUCGUGCCCUUACGAGGGGCGACGUUUCGACCUUUGUGACUGCUUGCCGAUCGAGUCCGACCGUUCCGGUUUCACGACGUUCUGGAAAGUGCGUCUCAACAUCACGUCUCUGCGAAUUAUCGGUGACGAUUUUACGUUUUCGCGACAAACAAAGGGUAUGAAAGUGGCUUAUGGUACGGCUGGGGAUUGUUACAGUGCCACUGAGGGGUGUGCCCAAGCCCGAUUUUCGAUCGAUUUGAAGGGGACCUCGUUUCAGCUUUCGGAAAACGUGAGGUGGCACAGCAUUGGGAAAUAUGCCACGGCGAGGAUUGACACUUAUGGGAAAAGUGUCGUGGGUCUGUGUGGGGGCUAUUGCGGGAAUUGCGUCCCAGAGCCCAGUGUGGGUCUCCAAGUCGAGAUCACAUAGUCCGGUAUUACAAAACUAAUCAGUAUUUUAGCCUUAUGUACUGCCAUAUUAUCAUGGAAACUGCCAAAUACUGCCAGUUUUUUUACCUCAUAUUGAGGGAGUUUUUUUGUAUUAUAGCUAUGCUGCCAUUCGUACUUUUUUAUACACUUAUAAUCCUAGUGACGUGCCUUUUUGUAUAUAUUUUAACUAAUUUAUUGUUAAGUGCUCGUGUUGUAAAUUGUAUUUAUUGUUAAUGUUUUUAGAGAAAUAACACAUAUUGACAAAUU